AUGCAGUCGAUCCUCUUGCGCGCCAGAGCGCAGCCAUUGUCUCGCUGGCAGUCGCUUGCAUGCCGCGCUCCUAGCUCAAGCUCGCGGUCGCUGGGCACUUACGCGACAUUCAAGAUUCCCCAGAUUAACAACGAGCCAAACAAACAUUACACUCCCGGUUCCGCGGACCGCAAGGGCCUGGAGGAUGCUUUGGCUUCGGUGAACCAGAAAUCUCCCUUCAAUGUCCCUCUCGUCAUUGCUGGAAAAGAGAUCAAGAGCUCCCACACAUUUACCCAGAGCAACCCAGCCACUCAUGCUCCUCUCGCAACCUACUCCAAUGCUUCCAAAGCCGAUGUUGACGCUGCUAUCGCAUCAGCUCUUGCUGCUCGCAAAUCCUGGGCCGCGACUCCCUUUGCCGAGCGCGCCAGCAUUUUCCUCAAGGCCGCCGAUUUGAUUUCGACCAAGUACCGUUAUGACAUUAUGGCCUUGACUAUGCAGGGCCAAGGAAAGAAUGCAUGGCAGGCGGAGAUUGACUCAGCUGCUGAGCUGAUCGACUUCUUCCGCUUUGGUGUCAAGUAUGCCGAGGAGGUUUACGCACAGCAGCCCGUUCACCACGCUCCUGGUGUUUGGAACCGCCUUGAGUACCGUCCCCUGGAAGGUUUUGUCUACGCUAUCAGCCCUUUCAACUUCACUGCCAUUGGUGGUAACUUGGCUGGCGCUCCCGCCCUGAUGGGUAACGUUGUGAUUUGGAAGCCUUCCCCCUCUGCCAUCGCCUCCAACUGGCUCGUUCACCAGAUUCUUCUCGAGGCCGGUCUGCCUAAGGAUGUCAUUCAGUUCGUGCCUGGUGACGCCGAGGAGGUCACCAGCUCUGUCCUCAACCACCCUGAGUUCGCCGCUCUCCACUUCACCGGCAGCACGGACGUUUUCCGUUCGCUCUAUGGCAAGAUUUCGGAGGGAGUGGCUGAUGGCAAAUACCGCAGCUACCCUCGCAUUGUGGGCGAGACUGGUGGCAAGAACUUCCACUUGAUUCACAAGUCGGCCGAUGUGCGCAACGCUGUGGUCCAGACCGUGCGUGGUGCCUUUGAGUUCCAGGGCCAGAAGUGCAGCGCCACUUCUCGUGCCUAUGUCGCAUCUUCUAUUGCCGACGAAUUUGCGAAGCAGCUCGCUGCUGAGGUGCAGCAGCUGAAGAUUGGUGAGCCAUCCGACUUCACCAACUUCUGCGGUCCGGUCAUCCACGAGGGUUCUUUCAACAAGCUGGCUGGUGUUAUCGAUGAGGCGAAGAACGAUCCCGAGCUCGAGUUGCUUGCUGGAGGUACUUACGACUCCUCCAAGGGCUGGUACAUUUCCCCCACCGUGUACCGUACCUCUAACCCCGACCACCCCCUCUUGUCCAAGGAGCUCUUUGGUCCUAUCAUUGUCAUCCACUCUUACAACGACGCUACUGAGGCCGACUUCGUUAAGAUCUGCGAGAAGAUUGACACCACUGGCACUUACGGCCUGACUGGAUCCGUCUUUGCCCAGGACCGUGAGGCCGUUCGCGUGGCCGACGAUGCUCUCCGCAACGCCGCCGGUAACUUCUACAUUAACUGCAAGAGUACCGGUGCUGUUGUUGGCCAGCAGCCGUUCGGUGGUGCCCGUGCCAGUGGUACCAACGACAAGGCCGGUAGCGCCAACUUGCUGUCUCGCUUCGUGAGCUUGCGUUCCGUCAAGGAGGAGUUUGUCCCCACCUACACCGUUGCCUACCCCAGCAACGCCAACUAA